AUGGGCGGCAUCGUGACAGAUGAUUUAUCAUCUGUGAAUAUGUCUUCUAGCAAAUUACAUGUUUUCAAUAAACUUCGAGAAAGCCCUUACAGUGAAAACACUUUAAAACAUAAUGUAGAAAAUCCAAGAGCAUCAUACAGUGGCAAAUCAAGAUCAUCAGUUUCAAUCACAAGAGAAAUCAUCUUGAAAUACAACUUUACACAACACCUAAAAGAAGAGGAAUAUUUAAAGAAAAAAAUAAGAGGAUAUAUACUUCGAUGUAAGAGAAGAUUGGGUCUGAAAACCCUGGGCUGUGGGAAGUAUGUACAUAUUCCUUCUGGGUGGAUUGAAGCAGUAUAUCUGGCUCAGUGCAAGGGAGAUAUCCAAGAUGAAGCUUUGGAUAUGCUUUAUGCUUCCCUGGACCAAGCCUACUUUGAUUACGAUCAACUUCCUGUCUUAUUUUUUGUUGCGGAAUCAGUUUUACAUAGACUCUGUUGUGAUGCUUUUCUAACUGCAUACUUAUAUUCAGUUGAAAUAAAGCUUGCAAAGAUUGGCUAUUUGGUGUUCUUACGACUUUUUAUAUUUUUCCUGCAUGGUCACCUAGAAAAUUUUAAAGAACAUUUACUUAGGCUUCAUCCAUAUUUAUACGCACUUACUUUAUCUGAAGACAUGUAUUACAAGUAUCCUAACAUCUUUUCAAAUGUGGUGUUCAUCCUGGAGGCGUCAGAAAUAUUUUAUGAAAAAGUACUACUUUCCAAAUCAACUUUGAACUCUAAUGGAAACACAGAAGGACAUUCUAAUAAGAAGGUAAAUUUAGGAAGUGGAUAUGAAAUUAGCCAUUUGCUUUGGCAUUCUGUUGCAGCUUGGACUUGUGUUCAGAAGAAUAGUCUUAAACUGAAUGAAGUACUUAAACAUCUGAAGUUCCAUAAAACACAGAUUCAGAAGAAAUGCUGGUUGGAUUCAGCUCUGGCUUUGUUGGUCCUUGGGGAGGCUGCAAAAUUUAAUAUGGCUUGUUUGAAGGCUUUAAUGGAUCUAGUAAGAGAUUUUAUUUCAAGAAUUAUGUUAAACCAAAUUCAGGAAGAAAAAGAUGAUGACAAUGAUUUUUCAUGGGCCUGGAAGAUAGUAUACACAUAUAUAAAAAUCCUUACAGAAAUCUGCUUAUAUGCAACGACUUCUUAUUUGAGAAAAACUGCUUUUAUUGGUUUCUGUGACUGUAAAACUUCACAAAGAAGUAUUUCACACAUAGAGAAAAAAUCAGAAGAUGAAGGAAUAUUAAAGGAUGGGAGUAUUUUAAAUCUUUGGAAAUAUUUCUCUUCAAAAUUCUCAGAAAAUUGUCAUCGUCUGAUCUUGACUGGGUACUACGGAUUAGUUUAUAACCUUGUGAUAAUAUCUUCAGAACUUCGGGGAGAUGAGGAACAGGAUGGACUUAGAAACCUUACAUGGCAAACAUUACAGAAAACAAAGCUUUAUGAGAAAGAUGAACGAAUUCUUAUUGCAAUAAAAAUGGCUCAGGCAGAGAUCAAUGAUCCCACUGAUCCUUUCACUAGUUCCAUCACAAAAGUUCCAACAAAUAGAGGUGAUGAAACGUUAUCCAAGUAUAUAGGAUGGAGAACUGCUGACACACUUUCCAAACUAUUCUUUCCCCCUGCUGAUCCUCUUCCUUUGAAGAAACAACUUAGAAAACAAACUCAAAUGCAAAAUCAAGGAAAAGGGGAAGAGUCAAUGAAGAAGCAUGUUCUACGUUUCACUGUAAGGGAGCAUCCUUCUAAGCUUCAGCUUCCCCUGGUUCCAUAUCCAGACUUUUUCACCAGAGCUGAUAAACAAUUGACAAAAGUCAUUGACCAUCAUUGGCAGGAAGAGCUAAAGAACCGACAGAAGGAAGAUGCCAUAUGUGAGGCUGAAGAACUUAAAAAUAAAAAGCUAAUGGAAGAAAAUCACUUUAGAGAAAUAAUGAAGAAAAGAGAAGAAAAACUACAUAAGAACACUAAACCUUAUGAGCUUCCUCCAAGAACAGAAAUAAUUCCAUUAGAAGACAAAACAAAAUGCAAAGAUAUUGAGGGCCACAUCCCAGCAGUUUAUUACAAGAAAGAUAAAUGCAAGUCAGGAAAAUCCUCCUGUGAUUAA